AUGCGCUGGGUCUCGGGCCUUCGUCAACUCUCCUCAAUCUCAAAACCUUUCCGGCGAAUCGAGUCUGCAAAGCAAUUUGCCAAGAGAAUGGCUGCUCUUCCCACUACCUACGAGGGAUCCGUCCCAAUCGCUGUUAUCGGCGGAACUGGUCUUCGUGAACUCCCUGGUUUCACACAGGUUGCUUCGCUGUCCAUCUCGACUCCCUGGGGCGAGCCUUCUUCCCCCAUCACCAUCCUCCACCACCACUGCAAGCACAAUGACAAGGUUGUCGCUAUUGCUUUCUUGAGCCGUCACGGCCCACACCACCAGAUCGCGCCUCACGAGGUUCCCGCCCGCGCCAACAUCGCUGCUUUGCGCUCUAUCGGUGUCCGCAGCAUUAUCGCUUUUUCCGCUGUCGGUUCUCUGCAGGAGGCCAUCAAGCCCCGCGACUUCGUUGUUCCCGACCAGGUUAUCGACCGUACCAAGGGUGUGCGACCAUGGACUUUCUUCGAGAACGGCAUGGUUGCCCAUGUUCCCUUCGCUGACCCCUUCGAUGAGGGUAUUGCCAAGGUUGUCCGCGAAUGCGGUCACAGUCUGGAUGGCGAAGGUGUCGUCCUCCAUGACCGUGGUACCAUCAUCUGCAUGGAGGGCCCUCAAUUCUCUACUCGCGCCGAGAGCCACAUGUACCGUUCCUGGGGCGGCAGCGUUAUCAACAUGUCUGUUCUUCCGGAGGCUAAGUUGGCCCGUGAGGCCGAGAUCGCCUACCAGAUGAUUUGCAUGUCCACAGACUACGACUGCUGGCACGAGACCACGGCUGAUGUUACCGUUGAGAUGGUCAUGGGCCACAUGAAGGCUAAUGCUGACAAUGCUCGUCGCUUCAUCACCGCUGUUCUUGAUGCUCUUGCUAGCGAUGAGCACUCUGAGCUCGUUCAGGCCAAGCACUUGGCCGGCUCGAUCAAGUUUGGCAUCAGUACCCCCCAGCCACACUGGGGUCCUGAGGCGCAGAAGAAGCUCAACUGGCUGUUCCCUGGAUACUUCCAAUAA